CAAAGACGCACUGGAGACGGAGACGUUUAGACACCGUGCUCCGGUCCUUGCCCAAUUUUCCAUUUCCUGACAGAGCUACUUCCUGUUUCACUCGCAUGUCCCGGAGAGACAGUAUGAGCACAUUCCACAGAGAACGACAGUAUCCACUGCUGCAGCAGCCCAUCUGUGGGGAUGGCGAGUCGGGCUAACAACAGAGUUCGGUCAACAGCGUCGGAGAGCAUAUACACUGGGCUGGAGUAUUCAGACAGGGACAUGUACAGCACGGUGACCCCCGCCCCCAUCAAGAAUCGAGGAGCCAAGCGGACAGCGAAAGAUGAGCCAAGCCCUUCUUACAGAAGGACUGCAAUGUGUCUGGGGCUCCUGUGUGCUGUAUUAGUGGCCUGCAUCGUAGCCCUGGUAGUCUACUAUAUUCUCAGUAGCAGGUCAAGAACCGCCUGCUUGUCCCAGAGCUCUCCGGGCAAAGCCAGCGGCCUGAAUCUGUCUCAGAUCAAGUGCAGCUCCCUCACUGCCUGCAGAGAGCAGCUGCACAGAGAGAGGGAGAAACUCCUGGACCAGGUCGUGGAACUGAGCAAGCAGACCGCUCCGCUGGAUUACUUCUGCUCCGUCGCCAGCAACAGGACAUCAGAAGUGGUCUGCACAGACUGUCCCCAAAACUGGCUGCAGUUCAACUCCAAGUACUACUACAUCUCUGAAGAUUAUGAGACCUGGAAUAACAGUCGCUCUGACUGUCAAAAACGAGGAGGUGACCUGGUGGUUAUAGACAGCAGCCUGGAACAGAUAUUUAUCUGGAGUCACACUGGAGGAAAUUACUGGGAUCAGUACUGGAUCGGAGUGACCGAUGCAAAAAGAGAAGGGACCUGGCUCUGGGUGGACGACACUCAACUGACCGGAGGGUACUGGAUGGACGGCCAACCGGACAAUUUCAACCUGAGCGAGGACUGUGCAGCCACCUUCACAACCGUAAAUGCUCUGAAGAGCUGGAACGAUGUCGAGUGUCAAAAUUCCCUGCGGUGGAUCUGCGAGGCCAACACCUUGCCCCUCUCUCCUUAGAGUGGCCAUUGUGGCUGGACGCAGCAGAGCCAACCUGUGACGGGACUGCAGUAGCACCCGACUGGCCACUAGAGGCCACCAAAGCACCUCUGAAUUGUAAAUAGGCUCACAGUAGGGGAUGAUUAGGGGUGAUGGGUUACAGUUCACGGCUCGGUUCACUUUGUCCUUCUGCACUUAUACAGAUCUACAAGACAGAACGAAAUCUAGUUUUUCCUGGUCCGAGGUGCGCAAUACACUAGAAACAGUCCACAUAAUGUCAGCAUAAAUAAAACAAUGUAAAGAGUAGAUAAAUAAAAGAAUAAAUGGGUAUUUACAAUAGUGUAAGUAGUGUGCAAAUAAGCAGUUUUUUCUGAAAUACAGGGGUGGUGGGGGGGGGAGACAAGUGCAGGACAGUGUCAUAACACAUUCUCACAAUUUCACGUCUGGGUGUUAUAUAAUGGGUUACUGGUAACGGGCUAGAACAGGUCUGCAAAGAGAGUCUGAUGGCAGACAGAGGGAGUGGGGGUAAAACUGUAAAAGUGUCCUGCCCUUUGGUCCACGUGCAGAUCGCUUUCUGCGGGGGGUGGUCAGUCAGAGUGACCUCUGCAGCAGCGUGACCCUGUCAGAAUCGCUGUGACGCACCCGAUCCCAAGUGUAAAAGUGACUGAAGCCCACGUGAGAGACAGAAACUCCCCAGGUAUGUGUGCACAUCCAAUAUUAUCAACCUUCACCUCCAUCCGGUCUGUGGGCUGUUGAACAACCCCCCCCCCCCCCCCACACACACACACACGAUUGCAGCAUUGCUUGCUGGGAUAGGUUACGUCUCCCCCACGACCCUGAACUGGAUAAGAGUUUAGACAAUGGACAGAUCAGUGGAUGUGUUAAGAUAACAUGGCCAGGAGGACCUGUUCCUCUGAUGAGAAUGAAGAAAUGUCACAGGUUCUUUUAUGUUACUUUUACUAUGGGAAUAGCAUUCAUAAUUUUUGUAAAUUGUUUCUUUUGCUUAUCCUAUGUACAAUUUGAAUAGUUUUGAGUAGUGGCACUUCUUUUAACUAAAUGACUCACACUUGGUAUGAUCUUAACAAGGGAUCAUUAGGGAUUGGACAGUUGGAUAUAUUUCGUAUUGUUUGCAUUUAAAAGUAUUGUUAAGCUGUUUGGGCAGGGGUGCUUUUAGUUUAUUUUGUCAUAUUCUGCUGUACUGUUGCAAGUGAGGACUAGAUUAAAUGCUUCAGAUCCUGA